UCACUAGUCAGCUGACGGGUUUGUUUUGCUCUCUUUGGGGAGCUCGUCAUGAUAAAAACACAGAGGAAGGAAGCGAGCACGUCGAAACGCAUCGGGUAACGUCAACAGCUCCUCACUGCCAUUACAGUAUAUCUCCACGCGUUGCUUGUCACGGACCGUGUCGUCAACAGCGGCCCUUUUGUUUGCUAACACCGCCAUUUACCUCCGUUGUCGACUGGGACGACGACUUUGACGCAUUAUGCCUUCAGAAAAAUCCUUCAAACAAAGAAGAACAUUCGAUCAGCGAGUAGAAGAUGUCCGACUGAUAAGGGAGCAGCAUCCUAACAAGAUACCUGUGAUCAUCGAGAGGUACAAAGGAGAAAAGCAGCUCCCCAUCCUGGACAAGACAAAGUUCUUAGUGCCCGAUCACGUCAACAUGAGUGAACUCAUUAAGAUUAUCAGGAGGCGCCUGCAGCUCAAUUCCAACCAGGCUUUCUUCCUGCUGGUCAACGGCCACAGCAUGGUGUCCGUGUCGGCCGCCAUCUCGGAGGUGUACGAGCGGGAGCGGGACCAAGAUGGCUUCCUCUACAUGGUGUAUGCCUCCCAGGAGACCUUCGGUGCCGGCCCGACUCCCCAGUGAUCGGCUUUCCUCUCUUCUCUCUUAUUCCUCUUGGCCAGCGAUUGGACAAUUGUAGUUUGUGGUUUGUUUGGUUUUUUUUUUUCUCCUUUCCAUGUUCUUUCAAGUAAUGAUGCUUCUCACCACGUUAGUCGUGACUGUACCAACUAAAACAGGAUCCGUAAAAUGUAAUCAUCAGGUAUAAGCUCUUGUGUUUUGUGGGUUCUGACUGCAAAGAGAGAAGAACUGGUUUGUGUGCCACACAAGGUGCACCACGGUUAGAGCCCGAGUCUUUUAUGGGUCCCCUUUAUCUCAAUCUGCCUGCUGUCAUGGCAACGUAGCAUUUAUUUCUGUGUUGUAGCUAGAUGAAUGAAUCUCCUGUUUACCUUUCUGUCCAUUUCUACUAGCGGUUUUACAAAAAAGUGGUGCGGCUUCACUGCUUUUUUAAAAUAUAUUUAUAUUUACAGUAGCAAGAGAACAAAGCUAAUGUUGAUUUGAAGCUUUAUGGAGAUGAGUGCAAGUUACGUAGAGAAUUAACAACAAUCAUUGAGGCAUUGCCUUGAGUAGAUGGCCGGAAAGAAGUGGAUGUGGCCUCUGGGCCAGAUGCAGGCGGGCCUUAAAGCAGCAUGAAGGGACGACUCAACUGGUGGCAAAAAGAUGCCGGAUUGUAUACAACUGUACAAUUGAAAGGGGAAGCCAGCACAAACAUUUUCUCUUCAAUAAUAUGUUCUCAAGCGGCAGCGCUAGUCUAAACACGAUAAUCAGAUGAAUGGUGAAUUUAUGGAAUAUGAACGGAGCAGCAAAAUCCGCUCGCUUUUAUCCGUCUCGGGGCUGCCAUUUUGCCACUCGCCGUCGACUGAAAACCACAUCGCUGUGCUCAGGGCUCAGGUAACAACCAACCGUGGCUCAGCUCGUGACUGUCACAUGACCAAACUCAGAAAACAGGUGAGCCCCCAUUGGUCGUUAAACCUGAGCAAGUGUGAUGUCGUUUUAAGUCAACAGCAAGUGGCAAAAUGGCCGCCGUCUGAGGUGGAUAAAAAUUGGAUUUUGAUGCUUAACUCAAAUUCCACAAAUGCAAUACUAAGCAGAAUCCCGUGUUUCGACAAGUGGGGCCAUCGACAUUUUUGAAAUUAAAUUCACGUGCAAGCGUUGUAUUCAUUUUGUAAAUAAUGUCAGAUUCAGAGGCAUAUUUACCAUCAAGCAAAGGGUUCUUUAGCAGGUGUCUACUUUGUGAUUGGCAAUCGGUCACUCACAGUAAUGACAUAGUGAAGCCCCCUGCCCGAUGUUGUGUGUCAGCUCCACCCUCGAAUCAGAAUAUAGUCACUUGGGGCUCGACAAGAGGGCUAUGUCCACUCUUUAUGCUGUCUUUGCUAGGGAUAGAUGUGUGGUAAGUGCGACCGCCCUCCCCCUUUUGUUUACCUGCCAUGCAGUACGGCUUCAAGUAUUUCAACAUUCAUGUAAGAUGCGAGAACUGCGUUGAACACAAUGUCGAAAGAAUAUGAGCGGUUCUAUUCAGAGCAGUUAACAAGUUGACUUUUGCACACUACAAUAAGACUGGUCGAGAAACUUGAGAGAUGAGUGCAUUUCUUUCUUUCAGUCAUUAGUCAUUAGUUUUAGCAGGGGAAACGAGAGUGAUACAGAUUCCUUUGUGGGUAUAGCUGCGUCAGUGUGUUGGCUUUGGCCCACAGGGUUGAUUUCGCGGCGCUGCUGUUGCGAUUCAACACACCGUUGUCAGUUGGAGGCUUCGCCCUGGCCGCCCUGUGGGUUGCACAUCCUGUCUGUGCUCAUGGACCUUAGUGCUUUUUUUUUUUUAUGUUUGUUGAGGUACAACUGCUUUUUAUGCCGCAGUAUUUUAUCAUUUUGAAUUGUUUAACUCUUUUUUUUGUCGUACAAGUCUUUCUCCUAAAUGUUUUCAGUUUGUGCUAUUGGACAAGUCGAAUCCACUGUGUUUGUUGCAGAGGGGCGAACAUCGGCUUGUGUGUCUUCCAGCCCCUCCGUAUCUCACACGCAUUCACACCGAGCAAUAGCCAUAUAUGUGUUUAUGUUGGUCUUUUGUUAACAAUAAAAGUUUGAGACAGGAUUUGAA